CAUCUCCGGGCCCACCACAAAGGGCUAAUCUUGGCGGACGAGGGGUUGCCAUUAGAGAUCGGCCCCCGAAGAUAAAAGCGGAAUCCAUGGCGUUCCGCUCCUUCCCAGCCGAAAUCUCCAAGCCCACGGCCUGGCCGCCUCCUCUAAGAGGGGGUAAUGCGGCUCGCUUGCCCGUUAAUGCUUGCGCGGCGAUGACUUGCUCUGUGGCUGCGGACGGAAACAGGCGAUCGAAGCUUGUUUGGGUGUGGACUGAGAGCAGGCAGGUGAUGACUGCAGCGGUUGAGAGAGGGUGGAACACCUUCCUCUUUCGCUCGGAAUCACGAUCCAACGACCUUGCCAAUGAAUGGUCAUCAAUUGCCCUGAUAACGCCUCUCUUUAUUGAUGGGAAGCAGCUGUUUGAUGGACAAAGCAGAAAAAUUGCAUCCUUUUAUGAGGUUUCAUCUCCACAAGAACUGGAACUCUUCCAACCAAACACAGAAGAAGUAGACAACGUUGUCAUAAAUUUCCAGAAUGAAUGGCAGGUUAUACCUGCGGAGAACAUUGUCGCAGCAUUCCAAGGGUGUAAUAGGACUGUCUUAGCAGUUUCAGCUACUUCAACUGAAGCGCAAGUGUUUCUUGAGGCCUUGGAGCAAGGUCUCGAUGGAGUUGUUCUGAAGGUUGAAGACAUAGGAGAAGUUCUCAGACUUAAGGAGUAUUUUGACAGAAGAAAUGAAGUCAGGAAUAUGUUAGCCUUGACUAAGACAACUGUAACUCGGGUAGAAGUGGUUGGCAUGGGUGACCGUGUUUGUGUGGACCUUUGCAGUCUCAUGCGACCGGGUGAAGGCCUUCUGGUUGGUUCUUUUGCUAGAGGGCUUUUCUUGGUUCACUCAGAAUGCUUGGAGUCAAAUUACAUUGCUAGCAGACCUUUCCGAGUAAACGCUGGGCCAGUGCAUGCCUAUGUUGCAAUUCCAGGAGGAAAGACUUGCUACCUCUCAGAGUUGCAGGCAGGUAAAGAGGUCAUAGUGGUUGACCAAAGUGGUCUACAACGGACAGCAAUCGUGGGUCGUGUGAAGAUCGAGUCGAGACCACUUAUCCUAAUCGAGGCAAAGGAACACUCAGGAAAUGAGACAUACAGCAUCUUUUUACAAAAUGCAGAAACUGUUGGAUUAGUCUGCCCUCGUGAAGGAAACCAGACUACAAUUCCAGUCACCUCACUCAAACUCGGAGAUGAAGUCAUGUUGAGAGUGCAGGGCGGCGCUCGACAUACUGGGAUAGAAAUCCAAGAAUUCAUCCUUGAGAAAUGAAACUGUUGGAAUCAAUCUCUGGAGGUUCUUCUCUUAUCAAAAUUUCUUCUUUAUAAGAUUUGUAAUCUAUCUUCCUCUCCCAAAAUAUGUUGGAUUUGAACAAAAAUCAACAGUGUGUUGCAAUUCAACUUUCAAAUUCCUUUUAUUUGCACAGAAAGAAAAAUGUGUUGCACAUCAACAUUCAUUGAAUCAACUUAUAU